AUGGUGUAUUGCUGUGCAUGCUACUUCUUCAACUACCUCGGUAAAUCUGACUUCAAGUUCUUAAUGAGAUUAUCGUAUGCUGAUGCGAAGCCAGAUCGUCAAGCUUUCGCCAAUGCCUACGUCGCUGGUUUGCGGGAAGAUGUCAACCUGCAAGGCAAUCAGUAUAGCAUUCUGCUGUCGAUAUUCACUGCCGGCAUGGUUGUUGGCCAAAUUCCUCAUGGUCUUAUCAUCCAGAAGGUCCGCCCUAGCAUCUGGCUCCCUCUCACCCUCCUCCUCUGGUCCGGUCUGACUAUGUGUUCGGCGGCGUGCAAAACAUACAAACAGCUUUGCGCAGUACGUUUCUUCCAGGGCUUGAUGGAAGCCAGUUUGUACAGUGGUACAAUAUAUGUGUUGGGUUCAUGGUACAAACCUUCCGAGAUCGCCAAACGAACCGCCAUCUUUACCGCGGUCGGACAGGUGGGCAGCAUGUUCGCAGGAAUCAUGAUGACAGCCAUGCAUAAGACCAUGGAAGGUAGAGGUGGCUUGAAAGGCUGGCAAUGGGUAUUCCUUAUCGAUGGCCUAAUGGGAAUACCAGUCGGUCUUUUCGGCUUCUUCACAUUCCCCGAUCUUCCAGAGUCGACAAGAGUUACCUAUAUUAACCAGCAAGAAAGGCAGCUCGCCAUUGCUCGCCUGCCACCGAAAACGGCGAAUACCCACAGUAUCGAGAUCAAGAGCCUUGCUAAGCGUCUUCUCUUGACACCAACCAUAUAUGUCCUCACGGCCUUCUCGGUCAUUUGUGCCAUGACAGAAGCCUUCGCCUUCCAGGGCAUGUUUCUCCUCUGGCUCAAGCACAACAAAGCUCGCUUCUCUCAGUCUGCGAUCAACACUUACCCUCUUGGUAUCCAGGCUGUUGCAAUCGUCUCUCAGGUCGUUGCUGGAACAUUCAUCGACCGUACUGGCCAUCGUUUGCCCAUGGUCGUUUUCGCCGGAGCGAUGCAACUCGUUACGGCGUCGCUUCUGCUAGUGCGAGACCUUCCAGAUGCAGGAAUCUUUACAGCGCACUACAUCAGUGGCACGAGUUUUAUCGUGAAUCCUGUUCUAUACGGAUGGGCAACUACAAUCUGCCAGAGAGCGGGUGACGAUGCUGUCAGGAGUGUGACGCUGUAUACGAUGAAUCUCGGUGGACAGAUUUUAUACACGUGGUGGGGUAUUGUCAUGUACCCGGCAACAGAUGUACCAUAUUGGAAGAAGGGCAGUAUCACCAUGAUUGUCGUGGUAUUCGUGUUUAUCGGGUUCGCGUUCGUGGUCAGAUGGCUUGACAGGAAGACAACGGCAGCAGGAGAACGCGAAGCGACUGAGCCUGGAGAGUACGAAGCGACGGUAGUGGUUGACGAGAAAGCGAAGGCUGGGUAA